AUGCCUGAACAAAAGAUUUUGAGGCUACAAGAUGUUUGGCGUACUUGUAAUAAAAUACGAGCGGCAAUAUUUCGCGUGGGUUUUAAUUUAUGGGAUUUUUACAAACCGUUAGAUCCUAAUAAUAAUUCUUUGAUUUCAGAGUCAAAAUUUAUUUCGGUAUUGGCUGGCCCACUAAAGGAUCAAAUUGGUUUAUCUGACAAAGAAAUUUGUGACUUAGCCGAUUAUUUUCGUGUUCAAGAUGGUCGAAUAUUUUACACACAGUUUUGCGAAAUAAUUCACAAUAGUGUUCCUGAAUUUGACAAGAACAAACCACUUGUAACUGGAUUGGAAUGGGAAGAUCCAGAACACGUAAAUCGAUUAAGUGCAACAGAAUUUCGAAAAUUAUGCCUUAUACUUACUCAAAUUGCCGUUCUUGUGAACAAAAGAAAGCUCAUAUUAAGGCCUUAUUUCCAAGAUUACGAAUUGAUUUCAAAAAAUGCUGGAACCGUAACUUUCACUCAUUUCGGACGGAUCCUAAAAUUUUUAGGUAUUCUUCUUGCUUCCGAGGAAUUUGGUUUGCUCGUAAAAAGAUUCGCAAAAGAUGCAUACACGAUCAAUUAUGUGGCUUUCUUAAAGGCGAUCGACGAAGUCCAAUCGUAUUUUGAUAAACAUCAAAUGCUGGCUCUUGGCGGAGAAUUUCUUGAUCAAUUUCCUGGUCGUAUUAUCACGGCUGAAUUACCGAAACUUCCGAGGCCGGAAAUUGGUAGAGUUAUACCAAGCAAAGUAUUUGGAAAGCAAGCGGUAUUUCAUCCGGUGAUGGAAGAACAAAAAACUGUAAUGCCUUUGAUGGAGAUAAUUCAACGUAUUCAAAGACACAUAUUAGAAAAUCGAAUACGUGUUUCGGAAUUUUUUAAGGAUUUUGAUCCUCUGAAUGCGGGUAAAACGACAGUUUCUAACUUUAGAAGAGGAUUGGACGGUCUUCAGGUUUCAAGUUUGGGGCGUCUUUAUCUUGCGGAAACGGAAAUUGACUCGCUUAUUGCGCUUUACAAAGAUCCAAAUGAUCCAGAUCGUGUGUGCUGGCGUACAUUUGAAGAUGACAUUGAUAAAGUGUUUACCGUGAAGGAACUUGAAAAAUUGCCGAAUUUGAAGGUUGAAUCACCGCCAAAAGAAAUAGAGGAGUUAAAUCGGAAAGGAACUUCAGAUUGGCAAUGCCAAGAAAAAAGCAAAAGGGAUCUUUGCGAGGAAACAUUGUUGAAAAUUCGAUAUCGCGUCAAUGAAAGACGAAUUUUGAUAAAACAAUUUUUCAAGGAUUACGAUCGGCAUAACAAAGGUCACGUGUCGCGUUCACAAUUACGCCAAGUUUUAACGACUGCUGCUAUAUUGUUAUCCGAAGAAGAACAAUUUGCAUUAGAGCAGAGAUAUAAUAAUGAUUUAGGGUUCAAUUAUAACUGGUUUUUAAAAGAAUUAGAAGCUUUGCCAAUCGAGGAACCAUUAUAUCAGUCUAUGUUGAAAGAAAAAAGAUUGAUAAAUGCUGAAAAACCGCCAGUGGUGCUCACAGAUGAUGAAACAAAUAUCCUUUUAAUUUUAGCCAAAAUUAAAGCGAAAGUUGUGCGCGAAAGGAUAAAGGUUAUCGAAUUUAUGCGUCAAUAUGACGUACAUAACGAACACGUUAUAAAAAGAACAGAGUUUCUGCGAGGGCUUGAUCAACUACGUUGUAAUUUGUCUUGCACAGAAAUGGGAACUAUUAUGGACAUUUUUCAGUCGCCUUUAAGGCCAGAUUAUGUAGAUUAUGUCAAAUUUGGGGAAACGGUUGAAGAAGCUGUUACUACGGGAAGUUUGGAAAGGGCUCCGCUUUUAGUGCCUGUACAACACGUGCCUUCAGAAGCUUCCCCUAAAACAUUCUUAAAUUUCGAGGAAAGGCACAUGGCAACGGUGGCAAUAGACAAAUUAAGCAGAUUACACGAACCAAACCUCGAAGAAUUGUUCAAGAAUUUCGAUAAAGAAAAUAUUGGUACAGUCUCAAAAGAAAGUUUGAUGAAAGCUUUGUCUAUUAGAGAUAUGCUAGAAUUAAUCACCAUGAGAGAACUGGAUGCUAUGCACAAAUGUUUUUCUGUACUAAGAGGUGGUCGUUUGGAAAUCGAUUAUCGAGCAUUUUUGCGUGCUUUAUCUUUAAUGAAAGAGAACAGAAGAUAUAUGCAUUUCUAAGUUGUUGUGUUUAUAUAUAUAUAUAUAUAUAUAU